AUGGAGGAGCAAAUUAUACAGAAGCGCUGGAAAACAGAGAAGCUGAAGCUGCUAGAUGGGUUCCUUACAAAGGUCGAUGGGGACCCGGGCACGCCUAUCUCAACCGUUGACAAACCAUCUGCAAUGAGUAAAGGAAGUGUGGACCGUUGUCGAGAUUCCGGAGCUACAUCCCGACCAUUUCGAAAGCGAAUUGAUUAUAUCUCGGACCGUAAACUUAAACACGCUAGACGAGCGAGAGGUCAAGAAGGAUCUCUAUCGGAGAUGCAACGCAACCUCGAGAAGAAGCCUGAUGUUAGCAAUGAAGUUUUUCAGAUAGACUUGCAUAAAAGCGAUUUCACUUCUCUUAACAUUCCUAUACGAAGAGUAAAUCCCCUGAGACUGUACUUUGCUAUAGGAGCUUAAGGAAUAUACACGGGCGUCUUUCUAGACAUAAGCAGAGCAUUYAAUAAAGUCUACAAUGGUGUAUCGUUMUGGUACAGAAGGGAUAGAGCCAGCUAUCAUCGYAUCGCUCUACUAAGCUGCAGACGGAUUAAUGCAUAAUUGAACGAAACCAGAUGUCGCCAACAAAAGGGUGUACUGUCGCCUCUCCUGUGGUUACUUGUAGCAAACAAACUUCUGAGAAAAUUUGAAGGAACAGCCCCCAGACUGAUAGCGUACGCAAACGACACAGCU